CCAGACUCGACGACGGUUGCUCUCCAACGUCGCCGGUUGACAGCUUGUGCGCUCUUUUAUAUUCAGUGAGUCUGAUAUCAAUAAAUCAGAGUUAGACCCUUUCGGUCUGUCUGGGCAUGGGCCAUGGCGUACUGUUUUUGCAAUUCACUUCAGUAGGGUGGUACGAGAGCUGAAUAUAUUGAAUACUGACGGCCGUUGUCGCCCUUCCGUCUCUUGCAGUACACCUUCGAACGAGCGACGACGAUGCCCGUCGCGCACUCGAACCACUUGAAGGACAUGGGAGGAGAGCGUCGGUAUAGGCCUUAUCCUGCGCCGCACAGUCAGACCGCGAGCAGCAGUUCGCGUACGAAUGCCAAGACCGCCGACUUCUACCCUCCACGCCCUCUCUCACCACCCCACGCGCUGAAGGACCUCAACGAGGAGAACCGUAGGCUCUACCCCGAUAUCGCUGCCCAGAUGGACGCGAAUAAACGGAAGGAAGAGGAGGAGGCAGCUUUUGCCUCCAAAUUUUCGAAAUCUCGCAACGAGCCGUCGUUGUUGUCGCCCAAGGAGGAAAAGAUCGUCGCUCGCGGUGUCUCAUCGUCGUCAUUCUCUCCGGGAUCCGCACCCACAUCCGCACCCGGCGUCGACACGCGCCACCCCCGAAUCGAGAAAUCACCGCACCUAAUCCAGCAACCAUCACACCCAAUCAAACAACAAGGACGACCCAACCUCGGCCUCACCAUCCCACCAGAAACGAACCUCGACGACCUCAUCACUUCGCCCCACGUCCCGCUCACCCCACGACAAUUGCACGCGCUUUCGCAGUUCGUGCAGCAUGCCAGUGUUCGUUCGCCUUCGAACACUGAACUACGAAGCCCAGUCGAACGGACGUGCGAUCCGAGGAAGAGGACGGUGGAUCCGAGGAAGCGGCCGCGUUUGUCGAAGGAUUCGCAGUACAUUGUGGAUGAGGCGCAGGCACGGGCGAAGAUGCAGAAUAUGGCGAUCAGCUCUCCUCAGGCGAUGUCGAAGGCUUCGAGCAACAGUGGACAAUGGUCGAAGCCUCUCACGUCGCCCUCUCCGUGCAAGGAAUCGCGAAAGCGACCUCGCGACGGAGAAGAUAACAAUAGACCUGGCUCGCCUUCGAUAUUGGGGAACGUACAGAAGAUUUCAAGACGAAGCUCGUGUUCGAACGCAAGCGCAAGUGGAAGCUCAAACGCGUCGGCGGGGCCGUCCAGGAUCGUUAGUGAUCCUGUUCCCCAAUCGUCGAAGCCCUCGUCCUCCGCGGCUUCCAAACCAUCAAACACCUCCAAAUCAGAAGCGAUUCCUGCCUGUUACGAGCGAGAAUCCCCGGGAUCUCGAGGGCGGACGCUGUCGCAGCUACGAGAACACUGUCGCCGAGUCAACAGUCCUGUGGGCCACACGCCACCGGCUUCUCCGGCUCCUCAAGACUCUUCCUUCUCGUCCAUAGGCAACAAUGCAGCGAGCAGCUCGUCGUCGGCCGCCUCAAGGCCAAACACAUCGACUUCUUCAAGGCCGCCAUCGUCAACUUCUUACCUCCCCACUCCUCCAGCUAGUGCCUGCACGUCGCCAACCAUCCCAGCACGUGCCAAACUCCCUUCAUUCAAGAAGAACAAGGGAGCUUUGUCCGCUCGACCAUGUCCUACUCGUUAUGAGUCGAUGUCUCCGAUCGUCGAAAGGAGACAGCCCGAGGAGCGGAGACGUGCGUCGAUGGGUAAUAUACAAACACCUGCGACAUCAACAUCGACCUCAACCUCGAACGCCCGCCGCACCUCAUUGCCUGCGUCCGCCUCCACCUCGGCCGCCUCAUCAGCCCCUCUAGCCACAUCAUCCACGUCGACGUUCCCUGUACCUUCUUCGUCCACAUCAAACUCUCCUACAUCUCCCUAUCCUUACAAUUCCGGCCCAAGACGUUAUUUCUGUGGUCGGGAAUCGACCCUUCGGCCCUCACAUCGCGAACCGAUCUGUACUCCGCAUUUUACAGUCGUCGAGAACUGUAUCACGAUUCUCACGACGGACGCGGAUGUGAGGAACAGGCCGGGGGUGCAUCCGAUUCGGGAGCGAGAGCGGAGGGACCAGGGGGGUCGAGGCGAAGCAGAGUCAGAAUUCGAAAGGAAGUUGGAGUUUGAGAAGAGAAUGGAGAUGUGUGGUGUAAAAGGGAAGGGGAUUUAUUUUGAGGAGGUGGAGUUGGCGAGGAAGAUUAGUUUGGAGUGGAGGAGGGAGGUCGGGGCGUUCCUUGCGAGGGAGGUGUUAGGGCUCGAGGCGGGACCGGACGAGAAGCGGUUCGUGCUGUCGAAGUAUCCAGAACAUUAUGCGAUGUUCGUGCUCAAUAACGAGCCUGACGAUCGACAAGAUUAUUAUCUCUAUGGCUCCCUCUCCGUGCACUGCUUCCGCUCUCCCCAAGAAUUCGGUUUUCACGCCAAAUGGCUCAUGCUCGGCAAACCCCUCACGAACGACGGUCGUCCCGAUUGUCGGUGCACUUAUUGUUCUGGGGUCGAGCAGGGGAAGAUAUCGGAGGAGUAUUUUGGGAGGAAGAAGCCUGAACGGAGGGGUUCUGGGACUGUGCAGGGGGAUGGAGGGGGCGGAGGAAGGGGUGGGAGGAGGGUCGAACAGAAUAGGAUCGAGAUUGGGAAGGCGAGGGAUUAUAGGAGGAUUUCGGAUCAUUGAUCUGUGCGUGCCUCUUUCGUCCUGAAUCUGCUCGUCGUCAAAGUGUGGGGGAAUUUUCUUGAGCCUGUUGGCUAUGCGCCAACCGUGGCGUCGUUUCACUGUAUGUUUCAUUAUGCUUCCUCCGGACGUCAUUAAUCAUUGUCCGCAGUGUUGUGUGUGGGUGUGUUGUUGGCGCGUUAACUUCGUUCGUUGAUCAUCAGAUAUUUUGCGACUGUGACUCCGUUUUGUGCUGUAGACUUCCAGUUCCGUUAUACGCUAUGCUGCUUAUUACUAUAAGUCCGCUCCUCCACUCUAGUACUGUAUCUUACCUGUAUCAUAGAUAGUAGCUGAUGCUGAUACGGUACUUUACAGACGCUUAUAUUUGUCUUUUAUGUUCGCAGACGUUCAUACUUGACUUUGUGUUCGCAGACGUUCAUACUUGUCUUUAUGUUUUAUGCCUUGUUCUAGUUACGCGCUCUCCGUGGCGUAGGAGACUGCACAUUAUGAUGUUUAUGUGCUUUAGUGCAAUAUAUGA